CCCAAUAGAUCAGCAGCAUGAAUAUUCACAAUUCACCAAAACGCAUCCUGACUAUGGAUGAGUGAUGUCAGCGCUCCUUGGAACGCUCUACUGUAUUUUUGCGUGAUUUUUCGCCUUCUUCUAAGCCGCAGCUUGGAAAGAGGAGCAUCCUUCCUUCGUCGUGCAUGACCUUUCCCCCUGUCUCCAUCCCACCUCUUCCAUAUGUCACGCUGAGGUGACUUUCAGGCACUUUUGCGCACAGUGUCGGAGCGCCACAAAGAUGUGCACAGAGGACGCAGCAGGCAGGCGGACCGCCCAGGUCGUGCGUGAGGACAUAUGCGGGCAGUCAGGUAGUCUAUCAGAAUGAGUGUCUCUCGUCUGGUUCAGUGGAGUCGCGGCGUUUCUUGUCAUGUGUAGCGGGAUUUCAGGGAUUCAGAUUAGCCCCAGCCUAAUCACUCUCACUAACAGAUGCGGGGAGCGCGGAUGCUGGCUGCGUUCGUUACAAUACACCCUGGAUUUAUCUAAUUCCCCCCACUGUUUCUCAAUGUCAUAAUGGACAGGUUGCACUCAUCCAUGCGUAAAAGGCUCUACAGUUUGCCACAGCACAUUGGACAGAGGGCAUCCAUAAUGGGCGAAGGAGAAGACGCAGACAAGGACACCCGGAGGAAGAGCAUCAGGAUGAAGCCUCUGCCGUCGCCGACCUCUGGGGUGAGCUGCAAAGGCAUCGGGGAGACCAAAAGUGGAGAGUCUGUGAUCAUGGAGACGGACAUGGGGAGACCACUGAAGACCAGCUCAAAUGGGGACUGCCGGAGAUUUAGAGGCAGCCUAUCGUCCAUCACUAGUCGGCAUGUGCACGACUCAGACUCGGCCGAGGCGAGACGCCUCAUCACCGAGGGGGAUGUAACCCCGAGCGAGGAGAGCCCCCCUGGGGCGAUCGGCGACGAGCAGCCGGAUGAAGGUGCACAGGGUGCCAGCGGCGGCGCCCCGGCCGAGUCUCCGGAACAACAGGCGGGUUUUAUAAAGCUGGAAGGCAUUGAUCAGAUUUUACCGGACGACGCUGGAUUAUAUCAAGCCGGGUUCAUCCACAGGCAGCUGGGAGCGAUGCUCCAGCCUGGGGUCAACAAGUUCUCCCUGAGGAUGUUUGGAAGUGAGAAGGCGGUCGAACGGGAACAGGAGCGCGUCAAAUCGGCCGGAUUCUGGAUAAUUCACCCAUACAGCGAUUUUAGGUUUUACUGGGACUUGACCAUGUUACUGCUGAUGGUCGGCAACCUCAUCAUCAUCCCUGUGGGCAUCACCUUUUUCAAGGAUGAGCACACACCCCCCUGGAUCGUUUUUAAUGUCGUCUCAGAUACAUUCUUCCUCAUGGACCUUGUUCUCAACUUCAGGACAGGCAUUGUCAAAGAAGACAACACAGAGAUCAUCCUGGAUCCUCAGGAGAUCAAAAUCAAAUACUUACGGAGCUGGUUUGUGGUGGAUUUCAUAUCCUCCAUCCCUGUGGACUACAUUUUCCUUAUAGUAGAGACGCGCAUUGACUCAGAUUUCUACAAGACAGCACGAGCUUUGAGGAUUGUACGCUUUACAAAGAUCCUCAGUUUGCUACGACUCCUGCGACUGUCUCGACUCAUUCGUUAUAUCCACCAGUGGGAAGAGAUCUUCCACAUGACCUAUGACCUGGCCAGCGCCAUGGUGAGAAUAGUCAACCUCAUCGGUAUGAUGCUUUUGCUGUGCCACUGGGAUGGCUGCCUGCAGUUCCUGGUGCCCAUGCUGCAGGACUUUCCAGCUGACUGCUGGGUCUCCAAAAAUAAGAUGGUGAAUGACACAUGGGGACAGCAGUACUCCUACGCACUUUUCAAAGCUAUGAGCCACAUGCUAUGCAUUGGGUAUGGCAUGUACCCCCCAGUGGGGAUGACGGACGUCUGGCUGACCAUCCUGAGUAUGAUUGUGGGCGCUACGUGUUACGCCAUGUUUGUUGGGCACGCCACUGCACUCAUCCAGUCUCUGGACUCUUCUCGGCGCCAGUACCAAGAGAAGUACAAACAGGUCGAGCAGUACAUGUCCUUCCACAAGCUUCCUGCAGAAAUGAGACAGAGAAUCCACGACUACUACGAGCACCGCUACCAGGGGAAGAUGUUCGAUGAGGAGAGCAUCCUGGGAGAGCUCAAUGAGCCGCUUCGUGAGGAAAUCAUCAACUUCAACUGUCGAAAGCUGGUGGCCUCGAUGCCACUGUUUGCCAAUGCCGACCCCAAUUUUGUGACUUCCAUGCUUACCAAGUUGAGGUUUGAGGUGUUCCAGCCUGGAGAUUACAUCAUCAGGGAGGGAACUAUUGGCAAGAAGAUGUACUUCAUUCAACAUGGGGUUGUGAGUGUCCUCACCAAAGGCAGCAAAGAGACCAAGCUUUCAGAUGGAUCCUACUUUGGGG